CAACUUUCGCCUGUUGUUACGAACAGAACCCUACGAACCCCAAUCCAACCCGCAGAACUCAGAGAAAGAGAGUCGUAUGAGUCAGAUCCCCUAAUCCCAAAAAAAUCUGGGCUAAUUUUUGUGUUUGUUUUCUUGUUUUGAUCUGUUUUAAGUAAAGUUAUGGGUUUCUUGAUUGUCGAAACACAAGAUAAAGAAAUGUUUGAAGUGAAUGACCCAAAGAUAAAGCUGUUUGGGAAGACCAUUAAGCAGCUGCCGGAUAUUCCUCUUUUGGCGGCCGAUGGAGUAGGUGGGACCGAUCAAGUUCAAUCUUGUGAUGCUGCUGUUUGUGAUGGUUCAAUACAAGAUGGCCCUUGUUCAUCGAAUUCUAUAAUUGGAGAUAUAACUUCAGGUAUUGAUGCAGAAGAGGAAGAAUCAACAAAGGAUUUGUCUGGUCAUAAACAGGAGAAUAGUGAUCGGAAGGAUGGUACACAACCUUUGACGUCAGAGGAAUUAAAAGAUUCUAAUAUGACUCCUUUGGCUAAUGAUGAUUCAAAUGCAUUGUCUACUAAUAACGAUGCUGAAAGAAUGAAAACCUCAAAAACCGGAAACGACCCGCGUGACACAAGUACCUCUCACGAGAAGACACUAAAGAAGCCAGACAAGAUACUUCCAUGCCCUCGCUGUAAUAGUAUGGACACGAAGUUCUGUUACUUCAACAAUUACAAUGUUAAUCAACCUAGGCACUUCUGUAGGAAAUGUCAGAGAUACUGGACAGCUGGUGGGACCAUGAGGAACAUGCCGGUAGGUGCAGGUCGCCGUAAGAACAAGAAUGUGGCUGCUCAUUACCGUCAUCUAAUGGCCUCAGAAGCACUUCAGAAUGCACAAGCAAAUCUCUCAAAUGGAAUUCACGAGCCAACUCAGAAUGCCAGUGGCACUGUCAUCGCUUUUAGUUCGGAUGCACCCCAAUGCGAGUCGACUGCUUCUGGUUUGAGUGUUACAGAUAAAACAAUUCAAAACUGCUCACACAACAGGUUUCAAGAACCAAAAGAAAAGGGAAUUUCAAUAUCUCGUGGAAAUAAGGAUGAAGGGGAUGAUCACUCGAGUGGAUCGUCAGUCUCUGCUGCAAAUUCGAACAACGAGGUUGGUAAAACUGGGUUGCCCGACUCACAAAUGCAGAACUUUCAUAGCUUUACUCCUCAGGUGCCUAGCUUUUCUGGAGCCCCGUUCCCGUACGCAUGGAAUUCAAUUCAAUGGGGCGCUCAAGUGUCCCCCUCUGCUUUGGGACCUAUUAGUUUUCCUGUGCCAUUUUAUCCUACAGCACCAUUCUGGGGUUGCCCUGUACCUGGCCCAUGGAAUGUUUCUUGGGUGGUCCCACCUACUGCUUCCCAUAAUCACACACCACCGGGCUCUGGUCCUGAUUCCCCGACUUUGGGGAAGCAUUCACGGGACGACAACAUGCUAAAGCCAGCCAGCAACGACGAACAAAAGAAAAAGAGAGACAAUAAUUGUGAGAGAUGCUUGUGGGUUCCCAAAACAUUGCGAAUUGAUGACCCGGAAGAAGCUGCAAUGAGUUCCAUAUGGGCAACACUGGGUAUAAAAAAUGAAAGAGUUGGUUCCUUUGGUGGACGUGGCCUCUUCAAGGCCUUCAAUAGGGUAUCAAAAGAUGAUGAGAAGAAGACUCAUGUUUCAGAAACCGCUACAAUAUUACAAGCCAAUCCAGCAGCAUUGUCCAGGUCAUUGAACUUCCAUGAGAGCUCAUGAGCAGAUAAGUUCGGUAAAUCUUAAACUUUGGUGACAACAUGGAAAGUAUUCAAAGGAUAAUACCUUUCGCCCACAGGUAUGCUUUGUCUGGUCCGCUUUCUACUCCUUCAGUAGAACAUAUUCCUAAAGCACAGAAUAACUUGGAGAAGAUUGAGGAUACAUUUCAGCAAUUCUCCUAGGUGGAUGAUCAAGUAGGUGCCUUUUAUUUUAAAGAGAUGGUCUGGUGAGUUUUUAGUUCCUGUACAUGUAUAUGAAUAGUUAGAGCUUGAAAAUAGUGAGUUUUAUGUACCAAAUUCCAGACGCUGUAAUAUAAGUUGGGCAUACCAAGAGUUGUGUCUUUUUGGACAUGCCAUUCAGUUGGUGAUCUUAUCAGGAAAGGAAUUUUUCUCUAGUGAUUUUUAUA